GGUACCACUCCACUCGCUAGAAAAUGAAUUUGCUGAUAUUAUUACUACUCGCACUAGGUAGCAGUGAUAGUUACUCAAUCGAAACGAAGAAUCCGAAGAUCGAAGACAGCGUCCUGCUGCAGAAGCUGCAUCAUCUCCAGAAGCGAAGCGAACCCGAGAUAGUUCAGAUACCGACAUGGAGCGAGAUGCUAGCGGAUGUAAUAGUGAACAGGAUCAAAAUAUUCUCCUUUCACAAGUCUGACGAACAGAACGCGGCGGCAGAGUAUGUCGGCGAGGCUGAAACACAACCGGGAAUAAUCAAAAGGAUAGUGAGUGAGGUGCUAAAUGUUUUCAAAACGUACAUCUACGAUCCUUGGUACCGUAUCUACAACAAUAACGCCGAAGUAGAAAAUCUCCAAGACCCCGUAGAACUGACUGGAGAUAAAGAUCCGAAUGAGGAAGUAGAAGUAUUAGAGCCUAAUCCAAAUAAAGAUGUGGAAAUCAUAGAGCCGAAAUACCACGGGAAGCUCUGCAACAAUAAUUGCACGGAGCCGCGAGCGUCGAGGUGCCCGGCCGGUCAGGAAAUGGACGAGAAAGGUGACUGUGUUGAUCCGAAAGCGUCCAAGUUUAUUUUUAACAUCCCGUAUCAUUGCCCUCUAGGCUACAGACGGGAUAUGUUCGGAAUUUGCCGACUCACCAUUUAAGUCGGUGAUAUUCUUGUACAAACAUUCUAAUAUCUUAAAACUUGAUUUUAGUUUGUGCAGUGCAUCUAAUAUAAAUAGACGAGACAAAAGAAUUGUGCUUUUUUCGUUAAGUUUAAUACAUUUUUAUAUUAAAUUCUUUAGAUUCCCAUUUAGAUUGGAACAAAAUAAAUUACAAGAAGUGUCAUCACGACUCAUAAUGGAAAAGGAUCCUGACUCCACUUAUAGAUGAGAGUGUUCAAAACAACUUGAUAUUUUGCAAACGCCGUUGUUUCCGCAUAAGUGAUAUUACACUUAAAAUUCAAUAAGCACGAUUGCGUCGGAUGGAGGCUUGUUAAGAUUCAAAAAUUCAAAAAUAUGUGAAUCACCGGGCGAGUCGCAGGUGUCUCUAUUGGCCCGGAUAGACGCUGCAGUAUUUUGCGCAAUAUGUUUUGAUUGAAUAAACUCGACAAUAUGAA